AUGGGCCGCAGCUUGAGCUCAAUGCCUUGAAGGAAGAAACCAUUAAUGAUGAGCUGCGACGCAGAUCCGAUAAUGCGAUGCAGAAUGCUGUUAUUCAGCCCUGCGGUGAAUCCGGCACGGCUGGCAUGGGAAAUAGUAUCAAGAAGGAAGAACCUUUUAUGGGUUCUGAUAAAGAGACCAUCUUGGUUGCUGAUUGUAAAAUAAAGAAGGAAGAACCUGUUGUAGGCUUAAAGAAAGGGGAAGCUAUGGAUUUUGAUCAAGACGAAGGCCCCAAGGAAAGGAAGGAAACAUCAGAGGAAAGCUGCGAUAAUUUCUCCAUGAUAACGACCGCCCAUUAUUCUCCUCAUCUCAAUGCUCGACCAAUCAGGGCUAUUCCACCGAAGUCUCUAACAAUGCCUGUCUCCAAUAAGAAAUUUCAAGUGGUAUUAAGUCCCGACCCAUCCGAAAUGGCAGAAUUUCUUGAAGAACCCGACUGGUUUCUUGUUGGGAAGUCUUAUGUGAUGGGAUUAGCGACAGCCCGUGGGCGGGGAAAGCUGGACUCCAGUGAGAUUGUUUACUUCAACUUCCCGAAGAUCGCUGACGGUAAGUUGUAUGGGAGAAGGGGGGUUAGUUCGAAGGCAGCAGCUGCAAACUCUGAGAUUGUCCGCUUCUCAACAAAGCGGUCUGGUGAGGUAUGAUAGCUUGAUCAUUCGUCCUUCUCUCUGUUCAGCCAUAGAAUGAUGCUUCUUUACGCUGAACUUAGCUUAAUGACAGAGAUUGCGUUAUAUGUGAGCUUUUACAUUCACAAUUCCGUUUUUACUGAGGGUGCUAAAUCCUCUUGGAAGCUGGAAGCUAACACCUUUUACCCUGCACUGCAUCCUCUCCACAACCUAUUCUGUCUACUGAAGAUGAAGCCAUUCAAGGAGGCUGAUUUUACUCCAGAGGAGCUUGAUAGCCGCAAGAGGUCCUUAGACCUGAAUAAUCAAGAAUCUGGGCAAAUUGAAGGGCUUGCAAAGCGAAGGAAGGGGGGCACAAGUUAUAUAGAACAAGGUGACGAUGAGCAAGCAAUUUCUGAGGCUUCUCUCAACAAGCUUGUUGGAACAGCGGAGGUGUAUAAUCUGCAGGAAGCUCAACCUCCAAGCACCCUUCUUUCUAAUUUGUGGUCAUACCAAAAGCAAGCCCUUUAUUGGAUGUCUGAAUUAGAGAAAGGAAUUGAUGUUGAACAAGCAGCAAAAACUCUUCAUCCUUGUUGGUCAGCCUAUAAUAUUUGUGAUAAGAGGGCUCCAGCAGUCUAUGUAAAUGUAUUUACUGGAGAAGCUACCACUCGAUUUCCAAGUGCUACUCAGAUGGCUCGAGGAGGAAUUCUAGCUGACGCAAUGGGACUUGGAAAGACUGUCAUGACGAUUGCCUUAAUCCUUGCAAAUCCAUGUAGAGCGGCACCGGAUGAAGAUGCUGCAUAUGUGGAAGCAUGGGAUGAAUCAGAGAGAAGUUUGAAUAGACAUUCACCAAGAGUUAAAGGAGGCACACUUAUUGUUUGCCCAAUGGCAUUGCUGGGUCAGUGGAAGGAUGAAUUAGAAGCACAUUCAAAGCCAGGUUCUAUUUCUGUUUUUGUGCACUAUGGUGGGGAAAAGUCUAAUGAUUUAAGAGAGAUUUCCAAGCAUCAUGUUGUCCUAACAACAUAUGGUGUUUUAGCAUCUGCUCAUAAAACUGGGUCUGAGAAGAGCAUCUUUCACAACAUAAGAUGGUAUCGAGUUGUUCUAGAUGAAGCACACACUAUUAAGUGUUCAAAAACCAGUGUGGCUCAAUCAGCCUUCGCAUUAACCUCACACUGCAGGUGGUGCCUUACAGGCACUCCACUUCAGAAUAGUUUGGAUGAUCUCUACAGCCUACUUUGUUUUUUGCACGUACAACCAUGGUGCAAUUGGUCUUGGUGGCAUAAGUUGAUUCAAAAACCUUAUGAGAAUGGUGAUGAAAGAGGACUGAGAUUGGUUAAGGCUAUCCUGAGGCCAUUGAUGCUAAGAAGAACGAAAGAGACGAAAGACAAAGAAGGAAAGCCUAUUCUCGUGCUCCCACCAGCGCAUGUUCAAGUUGUGGAAUGCGAGCAGUCCAAAGAAGAGCGCGAUUUCUACAAUGCUCUCUUUUGGAAGUCAAAGAUCAAAUUUGAUCAGUUUGUUGCCGAAGGCAGAGUUCUUCACAACUACGCUUCCAUCUUGGAGCUUCUCCUUAGAUUAAGACAGUGCUGCAACCACCCUUACCUUGUCAUGAGUCGUGGACACAAUCAACAGUGUGCUGACCUCAACAGUCUCGCACAGCGCUUCCUGGAAGGCAGCCAUGGAGGAUCAACGCAGCGUCCAGCUCCAAGCUAUGUUGAAGAAGUAGUAGAAGGAAUCAAACGGGGAGAAGUCAGCGAAUGUCCAAUUUGCCUUGAAUCUGCAUCUGAUGAUCCGGUUUUCACCCCAUGCGCUCACCGGAUGUGCCGCGAAUGCCUCCUCGCAAGCUGGAGAACUCCCACCACCGGGCCAUGUCCGAUCUGCCGAAGGGUUCUCACAAAUGCUGAGCUCAUAACCUGCCCCACUGAGAGCCCUUUUGAUAUUGAUAUACGCAAGAGUUGGAAGGAAUCAUCCAAGGUGAGGGAGCUGAUGAAUUGCCUGGAGAAGAUGAGGUGCUCGGGAAUGGGGGAGAAGAGCAUUGUGUUCAGUCAGUGGACUUCAUUCCUCGACCUCCUGGAGAUCUGCUUCAAUAGGAAUGGAAUUCAGUUCUUGAGGUUUGAUGGAAAGUUGUCGCAGAAGAAGAGGGAGACGGUGUUGAAGGAGUUUGGUGAGAGCAAUGAGAAGCAGGUUCUGUUGAUGUCGCUUAAAGCAGGAGGCGUGGGAUUGAACUUGACUGCAGCUUCUAAUGUCUUUCUCAUGGAUCCCUGGUGGAACCCGGCGGUGGAAGAACAAGCCAUUAUGAGAAUCCAUCGCAUCGGACAAAGGAGGCAGGUAAAAGUAAGAAGAUUUAUAGUCAAGGAUACUGUGGAAGAUAGAAUGCAGCAGGUUCAAGCCAGGAAGCAGAGGAUGAUUGCUGGAGCCCUCACUGAUGAGGAAGUGAGGAGUGCUCGGAUUGAAGAGCUGAAGAUGCUCUUUAAAUGAGUUUAAGUUCCAUUCUCACUCUUGAGGAAGUUUUGAUUUCACUGCAGUCGUGGAAAUGGCAGGUGAAGUUUUUUGUUUUCAGAUUUUUGAUGAAGUCGGCAAGAUUGCCGCUUUUUGUAAAUUUAUAUUUGUGUAGUGUUUUGUCAAGUAGUUAAAAGCUUGAAAAUUGGUUUGUGGUGAUGUGAAUGGGGAGUUUGAUGUUAGAUGUGGUAUGUAGGUGGAACCAAAAUU